CUCUAUUGGUUGAAAAAUGAAAAACAAAAACAGAGAGGUACCGUGAUAUGCAUCAACCUGCUACUGUAUUACAUGUCCGCCCUCAGAGUCCCGACUCUCAGAUUCUCUAGAAUAAUCCCUCAGUGAGUCUGGAACAUUCGGGUUUUCAGCUUCAGCCUGAGAAAAGGUUCUCACUGUUGCUGAAGCUCGUCUGUUUUGUUGCUCUUUGUGUUGUUUUCUUUGUGUUGGUUUAACAUGAUAGGUGUGUUCAGGUAGGAUGUUGGGACACUUGAUCACAUCAGAUGUUCCAAAAUAAUGAAUGUGUUUUGAUUAUGUGGGAAGAUAGGUUUUUCUUUUUGCCUUUAAGGGUGUUCUGUUUCUUUUUAACGGGAGGAUGUGCGACCUACAUAUGAGAAAAGAUGUUUUCAGGGGGGUGUAUCGUUUUUCCUUUAUGAUAUCAUUUUUUUACAUCUCAGAAAUUCAAAUCAGGGACAAAAGAUGUGAGUUUUCCAUGACUCAUCGUUGCAGGGACUAUAAAGGCUUUCGGGGAUCUUCCGAGUCUCAGUUGAUGUUUGGUGUCAGUAUGAGGGUUCUUGUGGUUUUUGCGUUGGGGGUGCUGGGCUUUAGUCUGGCUGAAGGUCGAGUUGUGACCAAAUGCGAAUUGAGGCAACGGCUAUUCCAGGUGAUCGCCACCCUCCCACAGUCAGCUCAGCAGUCGGGACUGAAAGCAGAUGACAUUGUUGCCAAGAUCGUGUGCCAUGCAGAGCAGGGCUCUAACUUCACCACCAGUUUGGUUACGGAGGUUGGAGGGGGAGAAGACAAUGGGGCCCAGCACGGCGCCAUGUCAAGCACAGAGCCGCCCCACGCCCGAAAACGACGCCAAUCCAACCAUGGACAAAGCAGCGGCGAGGACGAUGACGUCUGGGCUCUGUACGGCCUUUUCCAGCUCAGCAGUCCUCAGUUCUGCAGCAGCGGCGAGAACGCCUCGCCCAACAUCUGCCAGACCAGCUGCAACAACUUCAUUGAUGAUGACAUAACGGACGACAUCAGCUGCGUGUUGAAGAUCCUCACCGACCUUCUUGAAAAUGGCUUCAGGUCAGAGCACUGGAAGGAGCUGAAGAAGAUGAUCAAGGUCAUGUUUCAGGAGAAGUGCAGAGCGGUGCAAGCCAAAGAAUACUUCGCUGCAUGCCAAUAAAAUCCUUCAUUUUGAAGCAGCUUUGGUUGGAGCGUUCUGCAGCCUUUGAGUGAAAUAAAUAAAAUUAUAAAGCAUGUAACACUUAAGUUUUUUUUUUACUUUUUAAUCCAAAAUGACCCAAAGAUUAAAUGUUUGGAAAGUCUA